AUGCCUCCCGGUCUCGGGAAUAAGAACAAGGGCAAAGGUCGCGAGCCUAGGGCUUCUAGAAGCCGGAACACAACUCCCAGCUCUGCUCUAAGCACCAGCGCCAGCACGGUUACGGGAGUUAACCCGUCAAUGGGGUACCUUGAUAACGAUGUCUCCAAGCUACUCGUACCGAAUGGUGUGCAAUAUUCUGAUAUUCUUGAGAAAUUCGGAGGAGUGGGCCAAAUUCCGGACCAGAAAUCACUAGAGUCCCUUGUGGACCAAUUGAAAACCCUCGGCCAGCUUGCAGAGACUCGAGAGGAUGCGUGCAACGCCGGCAUGAGGGAACUGUCGCAAAAACGUAAAGAGGUGUUGGAGGAGCAGAGAGAACGAGAACAAGUGGAUCGAGAUGCUGAGGAAAGGUUAAGAAUGAAAAGAGAGGCAGACGAUGACGAGGAGGAAGCACGAAUUUUCAAGGGAGGCAGGAUUAAGAAGCGGAAGGAGAAGAACAUUCCUAAAGAGGAGCGGCCGCUCUCUCAUGGUGCUCAUGGUGUUGCAAGGCAAGAUGGCCAUGAGGUUAAAGCUGAUGCAUCCCAUAAACGAGGGGGCAAAGAUGCUAGUAUGGGUUCACCCAAAAAAGCACGGAAUCAGCCUUCAAGUGCAUCAUCUCUCUCACCACCCUCACUCCAUUCCCCCCCUCCCGCUACCGCUGGGUCAACCGCGGGGAGCCCUGAAUCCGUGGAUAGUUCCGAUUCCCGUCAGCCAGAGCCUGCGCCGGCCGUUCAUCAAUACCAAGUUUUCGGUCCUGAUCCAUUAUUAUUCGAUGAUCCCACAGUAUAUCAUAUUCGAGAUGUCACGCCUAAUAUGACAGUCGAAGAGAAAAAGAAAAUUUACAGCGUCGCAAGCUUCCCGGAAUCCGAUUUGAAGCAUUUGAUGGCAGGUGAACCGCCGGACAAGGAUUUUAGCAAUGCAAAGCCCACAAAUCAAGUGAGCGCCAACACGUUUGCAACAUAUCUAGAACCCUACGUUCGACCCCUUACCGAGGAGGAUAUAGCGUUCCUAAAGGAAAAAGGUGAUCGUGCCACCCCUUUUCUUAUGCCACGCCGUGGAAAGAAACAUUAUACCGAUAUUUGGGCAGAGGAGGACGGUUUAAACAUAGAUUCUACCAGUCAGGACCGAGAUAAGUUGCCUCUAAACCAGGGCCGGGGUAGUGUUGAACAAAUCACGGAUGAAACUUGCGAGACGGAUCAAGUCUCAGUUCCUCCAAUGCUUAGUCGACUAUACUCUCUUCUACGCUUUGAAAAUCGCACGCUCCCCGAUGAUGCGGCUCAGCCAGGGAACGAAGAGACGGCUGUGAACGGAAAUGCAACCGCUGACGGCCCAAUGGAUAUCGACCAGCCAAACGGAGAAACAGAACCAAAGGCGCUAAGUUCAGCUACAACGUUCCCCGAGUCUUCUUUAAGCGGGUUCAAGGUUCCCGCCGCCAAAUUAGACCAUGCUCAGCUGGACGAACGACUCAAAGCUGAACUACGGUAUAUUGGUUUCCUAGGGCCCGAGGAUAAUCCAGACUAUGACGCCCAUUAUGAUGAUGACAUUGCUGAGAGACUCCGCAUUCUUCAAUCUGAGCUCAAAAAACAGAUGAUUGUUAACGGUGCACGGAAAACACGCCUGCUAGAUAUCGCUCGUGAACGCCUAGCCUAUCAGGAAUAUAGCACGAUUCAUGAUGACCUGGACACUCAAGUACAGCAAGCCUACCUUAAACGAACACGCACUCUGGGCAAAAGCAAGAAGGGCUCACAUGCGAAACAUCGCCCUGGCGGAGCAGGCGGAGGCAGUCAUCCUGUCAGUACAGCGGGUGUUGGCAGACCUGGAAUUGGUGACAUGGCCCGUACCCUUAUGGAUCGCCGUAAGAGAUGGAUCGAUUGUAUCGGCCCUGUCUUCAAAGACUGCAAGUCUACUGUUCCUGGUAAAGAUGAAACUAUCUGGGAUCCCGUAUUAAUGGCGGACUUUGAGAAGGCGGAACUAGAGGGAUGGGAUGAAGAACAAGAGUAA